AUGGACUUGAUGCUGUUGAUGGCUGCGUCUUUCGUCGUUGGGAAUGUGCAAACCCAGACGUUUGGAGAGCCGGUGCUGGUACACGAGUGGUCCAUCCUGGAGUUUGAUUGGCCUACCGUGGAGCAGAGGGAGGAGUCCGUCCAGAACGAGAGUUACAUUCCAGAGAGAAGUAUCAUUGCUGGGAUCAAGACUUACAAAGGCGAUGUCUACGUGUCAAUCCCUCGGUGGUUCUGGACGUCUGGACAGCCAGUAACUCUUGCUAAAAUUGUCGAGGUAGACGGACAAGUAAAGUUCCGGCCCUACCCCAACUGGGCCGCUCAGAAACAAGGCAACUGCCAGGCAUUGCAGUAUGUCUGGAGCAUGGAGAUAGAUCCCAACACUGGUCUUAUGUAUGUGAUAGACAGUGGUCGAGUGGGCAUGAAGUUGGACCUGUGUCCUGCAAAAAUCGUUGUGUAUGAUUUAAAAACUGACCAGCAAGUCCAACUCUAUGAACUACCUGACGAAGUGGUCAGUAGAUCGAGAAAUUUCUUGAACGACCUCGUUCUCGAUUAUGUUGAUGGACAAGUACGGUACGCCUAUAUAACUGAUGCCAAUGAUGGUUAUUUGGUUGGCUUCGAUUUUCAGACUGGAAAAGCUUACAAGAUGGAACACUCGUCUAUGAAAGUGGAAAACAUCAACGAUUCGGUCAUGGAGAUAGUCAACUAUCUAUACAAUUUCCCGGUGCCUAUAGACGGAAUAGCAAUGUCGCCAGAUUUUCAAUAUGUUUACUACAGCGUUCUGGGAGGCUAUGACCUAUUUCAGGUUCCAACGUCAGCUUUGAGAAACUAUUCCACCCUAGAGUACAAAGUAAGGAAUGUUGGGAAGAAAGUGUCACAAAGUGAUGGAAUGAUUCACGGAACUAAACAUCUUUACUACGGAGCGCUGAGUUUGAACGCGGUCUAUUACUGGGAUGUGAAGCGAGACAUAGAGCAGCAGGAAUUGGCCAUUGACAAAGUAAAGUUGACCACUCAAGUGAAGCUGGUUCAGGAUGAAAAGAAAAUGCAAUGGCCAGACACGUUCGCACUGGAUGAGAAUGGCUGGUUGUGGUUUGUUUCCAACCGUCUGCAGAUCGUGAAAUCGCCCAAGAAGUUUAUAGUUCCAAAAGAUCCGCACAUGAGGAUCUGGAAAGUGUACGUCAAUGAAACCGGAUAUUUACAUGAAGCAUCUUCGCGAACCACCCGUCGUUUUGAUACAAACGCGAAUGUGAAAAAAUCGAGCGUUAUUAAAGAGAAUUUGAUUGAUAAAGAGAUGGUUACUAAAAACGAAUUAUAG